AUGGGGAACGCCGGAGCCAAGGGCGCCAAGGGCAGCAAGGACGAGUUCACCUUCGACGAGACGGACGAUGAGGCCUUCACCGAAGCGCUGCGCGUGAACCUGCAGCGGCUCAUCGUCUACGCGCGCUCGGCGGACACGGCGCUGCAGCGGGAGGUGGCCGAGAAGCUGGCCAACGAGGCCGUCAAGCCCGACCGACAGGUGCAGAUUGUGGAGCUGGACGGCUUGCAGCUGCUGCUGCCGCUCACCAAGUCCAAGGACACGGAGGUGCAGCGUCUGGCAGCGCACGCACUCGCCAACCUCUCGGUCAACUCGGAGAACCAGUCCAAGAUGGCGACGGAAGGAGGCAUCGACAUGCUCAUCGACCUCCUGGGCAGCACGAACGAGCACGUGCAGCGGCAGGCGGCCAAGGCUCUCGCCAACCUCGGAGUGAACGUGGACAACAAGGAGCGGAUCGCCAAGGCGGGCGGCAUCAAACCGCUCAUUGACUUGGCCAGCUCCCGCCAGAUCGGCGUCGCUGUGGAGGCCAUCGCAGCGCUCGCGAAUCUGGCGGUCAACGAUGCCAACGAGGUGGAGAUUGCACGCAAAGGCGGCUUGAAGCCGAUCAUUGACGGCGCGCACUCGGAAUCCGUCGAGCUGCAGUCCCAAGUAGCCCGUGCACUACGCAACCUAUCGGUCAAUCCGGAAAACAAGCAAGCGAUCGUGGAGCUGGGCGGAGUGGAGGCUUUGCAGUCACUCGUGCGCUCCACCAACGAUCGGAUAUGCCAGCAGGCCACGCGCGCGCUCGUCAACUUGGGCGUCAACGUUGUCGACUGA